AUGGACGUGGGGGGCUGGGGACCUCCUCUGCUGGCUCUGCAGAGCCGCCUGGCCGCGGGGCUCCUACUCUGCCUGCUGCGGCUCUGCGGCCCUGCUGCUCCCCAGAGGGUUCCCCUGCGCCUCUCAGAUGGUCCUCACCGCUGCGCCGGGAGAGUGGAGCUCUUCUACCAGAGCCAGUGGGGAGGAGUCUGUGAUGGCCUCUGGGACCUGCCGGAUGCUGCUGUGGCCUGCAGGCAGCUGGGCUGUGGCACAGCCCUCUCAGCACCCAGGGCUGGGCACUUUGGGGCAGGCUCAGGCCCCAUCUGGCUGGAGGAGGUCAACUGCACCGGGAGGGAGCUGGCCCUGUCCCACUGCAGGGUGAAGGGUUGGGGCCACACCAGCUGCCACCACGGAGGGAGUGCUGGGGUGGUCUGCUCAGGGAUCCCUGUCCCAGCAGAGCUGCGCUUGGUCAAUGGCCCCAGCAGCUGCUCUGGCAGGGUGGAGGUGCUGCACGACCACCAGUGGGGAACCAUCUGUGAUGAUGAUUGGAGCUUCCCCGAGGCCACAGUGGUCUGCAGGCAGCUGGGCUGUGGGGCAGCCCUCUCAGCCUUUGGAGGAGCUCACUUUGGCCAAGGGUCAGGCCCCAUCUGGUUGGACAACGUCCAGUGCCAAGGGGAUGAAGCUGCCCUGUCCCAGUGCCCAGCCAGGCCUUGGGGGGUCAACAACUGCGGCCAUGGAGAAGAUGCCAGCGUGGUCUGCACAGGCUCCACCACGGACAGCUCCCCCCCGGCGCCGCCGCAGCUGCGGCUGGAGGCUGGCCCCGGGCGCUGCGCAGGGCGCUUGGAGCUGCUGCGCUACGAGCAGUGGGGAACAGUCUGCGACCCGAGCUGGGGCCUGGCCGAGGCUGCUGUGGUCUGCAGGCAGCUCGGCUGCGGCACAGCUCUGGCAGCCCCGGGCUCGGCUGCCUUCGGGCCAGGCUCUGGCCGCAUCUGGCUGGAUGAUGUCAACUGCACAGGGAGGGAGGGGUCCCUGGCCGAGUGCCAGAGCAGGGUCUGGAGAGCCAACAGCUGUGACCACCGAGGAGAUGUUGGUGUGGUCUGCUCAGCCGCCAGCAGCCCGGGGCAGCCCUCCCUGCGCCUGGCCAAUGGCUCCGGCAGCUGCCUGGGGCGGGUGGAAGUCCUCCACGAGCAGCGCUGGGGGACUGUGUGCGACGACUCCUGGGACCUGCAGGACGCCCGCGUGGUGUGCAGGCAGCUGGGCUGCGGGGAGGCGAUCUCGGCGCCGGGCUCGGCUCGGUUCGGCCCCGGCUCGGACCCCAUCUGGCUGGACACCGUCCACUGCGCCGGCACCGAGGCCACCCUCAGCCAGUGCCAGCUGAGCCGCUGGGGAGAGCACAACUGCGGCCACGAGGAGGACGCUGGAGUCGUCUGCUCAGGUCCUGAAAGCUCCGGGUCUCUGCGCCUGGUGGGAGGUCCUGACCCCUGCGCCGGGCGCCUGGAGGUGCUCCACAACGGCACCUGGGGCACAGUUUGUGACGACAGCUGGGGGCCCCCCGAGGGCCACGUGGUCUGCAGGCAGCUGGGCUGUGGCCCUCUGCUGUCAGUGGCCCCAGCAGGUCGCUAUGGGGAAGGGACAGGACAGAUCUGGUUGGAUGAGGUCAACUGCACAGGGAAGGAGGAGACCCUCUCCAAAUGCCAGAGCAGGCCCUGGGGGCAGCACAACUGCCAGCACCUGGAGGAUGCCAGCGUGGAGUGCUCAGCCUCCAGCAUCUCCAAGCUGGGCCCCCUGAGGCUGCUGGGAGGCCCCAACCACUGCGCCGGGAGGGUGGAGGUGCUGCACAACCACCAGUGGGGCACAGUCUGUGACGAUGGCUGGGACCUGGCAGAGGCAACGGUGGUCUGCAGGCAGCUGGGCUGUGGCACCCCCCUCUGGGCUGCCUCUGGUGCCUACUUUGGCAGGGGCCAUGACCCCAUCUGGCUGGAUGAGCUGCAGUGCACUGGCUCUGAGCCCAGCCUCUUCAGCUGCCAGGCCAGGGAGUGGGGGCACAACAACUGCGUCCACGGGGAGGAUGCUGGAGUGGUUUGCUCAGGUCCCCCGCAGGGCUCCCAGGUGCGGUUGGUGAACUCCCAGAGCCGCUGUGCCGGCAGGGUGGAGAUCUUCCACCAGCACCAGUGGGGAACUGUCUGCGGCCGCGGCUGGGACCUGCGGGACGCUGCCGCCGUCUGCCGCCAGCUGGACUGCGGCUCGGCGCUGGCGGCCCCGGGCCAGGCGCAGUUCGGCAGCGGCUCCGGCACCAUCUGGCUGGAGCAGGUCAGCUGCCAGGGCACCGAGGAGGUCCUCUCCUCAUGCCCGGCCCAGCCCUGGGGCGUCACCAACUGCAGCCACGCAGAGGAUGCCGGCGUGGUCUGCUCGGGUGAGAGAAGCUCGGUGGAGCUGCGGCUGGCCGGGGGCUCUGGGCGCUGUGCCGGCAGGGUGGAAGUGCUGCACAGGGGGCAGUGGGGAUCCAUCUGCGCCCAGGGCUGGGACCUGCCAGAUGCGGAGGUGGUCUGCAGGCAGCUGAGCUGCGGCACAGCCCUGGCGGCGCCGGUGGAGAAGUUGGGCCCUGGCCCCUCCCACGUCUGGCUGGACGACGUCGGCUGCCAGGGCGGAGAAACCUCCCUCAAGAAGUGUUGGGCGAGUCCCUGGGGACAGAGCAGCUGCAGCCAUGGGAAGGUGGCCACAGUGGUCUGCUCAGGCUCGCAGGGCUCCAGCCUGGCCACGCUGCGCCUGGCGGGCGGCGCCGGAGCCUGCGCCGGCAGAGUGGAGGUCCUGCAGAAUGGCACCUGGGGCACCGUCUGCGGGGCCGGCUGGGACCUGGCAGCCGCCCAGGUGGUUUGCCAGCAGCUGGGCUGCGGCGUGGCCGUGGCAGCCCUGGGCGGGGCACACUUCGGGCAGGGCCAAGGCCCCAUCUGGCUGGCAGGGGUGCGGUGCAGUGGCAGCGAGGCAGCCCUGGCCCAGUGCAGCACCCGGGGCUGGGAGAGCCACGGCUGCAGCCACCAGGAUGAUGCCGGCGUGGUCUGUGCAGGUUCAGGCCUCACCGACCUGGGCAGCCUGCGGGCAGUGAACGGCUCCGGGCCCUGCUCUGGGCGCCUGGAGGUGCUCCAUGCCCAGCUCUGGGGAGGGUUCUGCAGGGACGGCUGGGGGCUGGAGGAAGCCCUCGUGGCCUGCCGCCAGCUGGGCUGUGGGGAGCCAGAGAGGAGGCUCCCGGGGCCCACCCAGCUCGGGGCAGGAGGUGACCUGCUCUGGGUGGGCGCCGUGGACCCUGCCAGCAGCUCCAAGCUUCGCCUGCAGGGGGGCCUGGAUGAGUGCUCCGGGCGGGUGGAGAUCUUCCACAACGAGCAGUGGGGAACCAUCUGCGACGACAGCUGGGACCUGAGGGACGCUGCGGUGGUCUGCAGGCAGCUGGGCUGCGGCUUGGCCCUCUCGGUCCCCGGGACAGCUCGCUUCGGGGUGGGGAAUGGCCCCAUCUGGCUGGACGAAGUCAAGUGCACAGGGGAGGAAGGAGACCUCCUGGCCUGCAGAUUGACAGCGUGGGGCAGCCACGACUGCAACCACGGCGAGGACGCAGGAGUGGUCUGCAGCGGCAACUCCAGCUCCAGCAGCCUGCGCCUCAGGGACGGUCCCCACAGCUGUGCUGGGAGGGUGGAGGUGUCCCGGGAGGGGCAGUGGGGGACAGUCUGUGACGAUGGCUGGGACCUGGUGGACGCCCUGGUGGUGUGCAGGCAGCUGGGCUGCGGCAGUGUGGAGGCAGCCCCGGGGGGGGCCCACUUCGGGCAGGGCUCAGGACAGAUCUGGUUGGAUGAUGUGGCCUGCACGGGGGGUGAGGAGACCCUGGCCCAGUGCCCAGCCAGGCCCUGGGGGCACAGCAACUGCCACCACACCGAGGAUGCCAGCGUGGUCUGCUCAGGUAGGUGCUGCCCUGGGCUCCCAGACUCCUCUGCCCCCUCCCCCUCUGGCCUCAGGCUGGCGCAGGGUCCCCACCGCUGUGCUGGCAGGGUGGAGGUCCUGCACCAGCAGCAGUGGGGCACAGUCUGUGACGAUGGUUGGGACCUGAGGGAGGCCUCAGUGGUCUGCAGGCAGCUGGGCUGUGGCCCUGCAGCUGCAGCUCCCCACGGGGCUCACUUUGGGCCAGGCUCUGGCCUCAUCUGGUUGGAUGAUGUGAGCUGCACUGGCACCGAGGCUGCCCUCAGCCAGUGCCCAGCACAGCCCUGGGGGCACGGCAACUGCAACCACAGGGAGGAUGCCAGCGUGGUCUGCUCAGAGAGAUGUCACAACUUCUUCCAUCUGUGCCUGCCGCAGCGCAAGUUCUCCCACUCCGCUAUCUUCGUUGCCGGACUGUGCCCACGCUCGCUGCGCGCAGCACAUUGUGUGCCAUAUACGCGCUACCGACUCGCUUUGUCGUGUUGGCACGCCGCCCUCUCAGAGAGUGCCCCAUACGCCAUCCGCCCACACAGGCACUUGACCAGCAAGCACCCGUCCGCACCGCAAGACCCCCGAGACCACACCAGCACGCAAGACCGAAGGAUCCCGCGUGAACUCGCCACACACCCUCUCUGUGACAAGAAGUGA